AUGUGGCAGUUCAUAAGGUUACGAAUACUAACGUUGAUAAUCUUCAUAAGUGCAACUCAAGGCAUACUGGUCGUGGGCCCUGAUUUUAUUUUGGCCAACCAAGAAUACACGGUUGUGGUCAGUAACUUUAACUCAAACAUGAGCAAGGUGGACCUGAGGCUACGCAUGGACGGUCAUACCAUCAACGGCAGCAGUGCGCUGAACUUAACGAAGACGGUUGAUGUGCAGCGAUACACGAACAGGAUGAUCACCUUCAAAGUGCCUGCGGACUUAUCAGCUGGGACUUACAAACUUACCAUCGACGGGCAGCAUGGCUUUGGCUACCACAAGGAAGUUGCAUUGGUAUACCUCGUUAGAUCCAUAUCGGGCCUAAUACAGCUCGAUAAGCCCGUGUACAAACCGGGCGAUACGGUUAAAUUUCAUGUGAUUGUGCUGGACACUGAGUUGAAGCCUCCUGCACGGGUUAAUGCAGUCCAUGUGACAAUGCGUGAUCCACUAAACAAGGUGAUCCGCGAGUGGACUUCAGCCAAGCUGUACGCCGGAGUGUUCGAGAGUAAUCUUCGGAUUGCGACAACUUCACCCGAACCCGGACUGUGGAAAAUGUCGGUGCAGGUGGACGGAGCAGAGCUCGUAUCGAGAACGUUCGAGGUGAAGGAGUAUGUGUUUGAUGUAGAGGUGAUACCGUCCGGCAUUCCGUUGAUGGAGCACCAGGCGUUGAAUCUGACAAUUGCAGCCUACUAUCAAACCUAUCGCAAACCAGUGAAGGGAUUAGCUAAGGUGGAGCUGUACUUGGAGGAUGAUAGGCUGGACCAGCAGAAGGUGGUCGAAGUGUACGGCCUGCAUCAGGUGGAGUUGAGCUUCCUUGAACUCUUUGAUCCUGAAGAUCAAAAAGAUGUGUUGGUAAAGACGACCUUCAUCGAACAGCAUACAAAUCGUUCCGUGGUGAAAGAAACGCAUAUUACUGUGUACAAGUACAAAUAUCGUGUGGAUUUGAUAAAAGAUAUUCCUCACUUCUACCCGGGACACCCCUUUAAAUGUGCGCUUCAGUUCCGAUACCACGAUGGAACACCUGCCAAAGGUAUCGCCGGUGAAGUGAUCAUACUCGAUAUCGAAUAUGAGAAAACUGUCACUAGUGACGAUAACGGUUUGAUCAAACUGGAGCUUAACCCAGGAAACAGCACACAAGAGAUGGUUAUUACCUUUGAAAACGAUGACGGUUUCUACUUUUUCGAACAAGUGUACAGAAUAGGAGGCGUGUCGAAUGCUUACAUCAAGCUGGAAUUGAAAUCACCUAUUAAAUUGAACAAUCUAUUGCAAUUCGUGGUAACGUGCAAUGAACCAAUGACGUUUUUCGUGUACUACAUAGUGAAGAAGGGCAACAUUAUUGAUUCCGGUUUCAUUACAACGAACGAACAGAACAAAUAUCCCCUGCGGUUCACUGCUUCGGAAAAGAUGAUUCCGCAGUUCAAAAUAAUAGUGAUAGCGACUGUAGCGAACGAUAGGAUGAUGUUCGACUUUCUGGACCUCGAUUUCGAAGAGCCACAUUACAAUAUCCGUUUCAACCUAAACAAGCAGGAAGUAAAACCGGGACAGCAAAUCGAGCUUAGCUUAUCUGGACAACGAGGCACAUACGUGGGAUUGGUUGCACACAACAAAGGUUUGAUGUACGACAAAGAUUUGUUCUCGGAGGACAUUAUGCGAGUGUAUAAUGGAUUCCUGCCGACCAUGGAGAAUGAACUGGAUAAGUUGCAUAGUGUGGGACAGUUCUUUAGCACUUUCGAUGGCAUCAUGUUCAAUGAAGCCACCCACAAUGAUCAGCAUCAGACGAACAAUGCGAUCUCCAAAACAGUCUCGUACCGGGCCGACACUCCAGAAUCGUGGCUAUGGCAGAAUGUGACAAUAGGAAGGUUUGGUACGCAUAAGAUGAUCGAGACCGUCCCAGACAUGAUGACGUCCUGGUACCUGACGGGAUUCUCGAUACAUCCGGAGUAUGGUUUGGGCAUCAUUCAGCAACCCGUCCAGUUAACAGCGAUUCAGCCAUUCUACAUCGUGGAGAAUCUUCCGCGCUCCAUCAAACGAGGUGAGACGGUUCAGUUGCAGUUUACACUGUUUAACUGGCUAGCAGAAGGGUACACCGCUACCGUGACACUGUACAAUGUAGACAACCAGACGGAAUUCGUAGGACAACCUGCGGAUGCUCAAAGCUGUACGAAAUCCGUGCACGUUCGUGCGAAGGUUGGUGUACCGGUCGCAUUUCUGGUAAAGGCUCGAAUUCUUGGUGAGAUGACGGUACGCAUUAAAGCAUCGAUCAGCCCCGCACAAGCUACGGUGUCCAGUUACGAAGUCAAGGUGAUCCGAGUAAUGCCAGAAAGUUUGGUACAGUCAAGGGAGGUUUCUCGCUUCUUCUCCUUUGAUACGUACCAAAAUAAAACCUUCAGGCUGAACCUGGAUGUCCCCAAGACGGCUGAUAAUGGUACCAGCAAGAUUAAAGUUCAGUUGCAUACCAAUCUGUAUACGGGUGUAAUCGGUAACGAUCGGUUGGAUAAGUUGCUUGUAGUUGAGCGAAAUGAGCGAAGUGAUAGGAGAAAGGAUGAAAUACGUCAAUAUGUACAAAUCAUCAUGGUGCUCGACUACUUGCAUGCUAUUGGUUCUAAGGAUCAGCAUCUGAUCGAUAAAGCUACCAAUCUCGCACGGCAGGGCUAUCAACGUCUGUUGCGUUAUCGUCGUUAUCGUGGUUAUUUUGCUAUUCGCAAAAAUUUUGUUGCUAGCGAAUUUUUGACUGUCUUCAUUGCAAAGGCGUUGGAAACAGCGUCGAAGUACAUAACCGAAAUUGAUGUUCUUAUUGCUGAGAAGGCCUACGAUUGGAUAGCUGAGGAGCAACAAAGUUUUCCAGACGAUGGAAGUUUUCUUUUAAGCCCCGAGGACGGCAUCCAACUGACAUCUUACGUGGUGACGGCGCUGCUGGAGAAUGAGAAUGCCAGGGUGAGACAUGCUGCUGUGAUCCAGAGAGCAAUGAGAUAUCUUAGCGAAGCGGUUGAAACCAUCGAUAAUCCUUGCGAUCUGUCCUAUGUGACCUAUGCGUUAAUGAUGUACGGACACAGCAUGAAGGAUAAAGCAUUUGAAAGGCUCGUUAACAUGUCUAACACUACUAAUAAUGGCACAGAAUGGCAUUGUGACAGGCAGACCGAUGAAAUAGAGGGGACCAGUUAUGCCUUGUUGUCUUUUCUGAUAGCGGAGAAGUAUGAGGAGGCUAUUCCGAUAAUACGUAGGCUCUACAAAUUCAAUCGCUACGACACCACGCUAAUACGACUGAAGGCACUGACAAAAUUGGAGGAAAAAAUGUCGCGAAAUGACUACAUCAUACAGUUGAAGCAUUUCUGUUCCAAAUCAUCAUCAACAUCGUCAACAAAACAAAUUCGCCCAAAAUCUUCUGGCAUCGACUUCAAGGAGAUACCGAAUGACACCGGUUGCUUGGAGGUUAAUGUUGCCGGUAUCGGGUUCGGAUUGCUGAAAGUGUACUAUCAGUACAGUGUAAAUCUUGUGAAUUUCGAUAAGCGAUUCAAGCUGGAUCUGGAGAAACAGAGCACGGGGUCGUACGAAUUGCGGCUGCAGGUGUGCGCUAACUUCAUACCGAAACUGACCGGUAGCCGUUCGAGCUUGACACUGAUCGAGGUGACGUUCCCCAGCGGGUACGACGUCGAUCGGAAUCCGAUCAGCAAACAGACUACCACGAAUCCGAUACAGCACACCGAGAUCAGGUACGGCGGCUUAUCCGUUGUCGUGUAUUACAACAGCAUGGGCACCGAACGGAACUGCUUCACCGUGACGGCGUACAGGCGGCGUACGGUGGCUAUGAAGCGUCCAGCAUAUGUAAUCGCGCGCGAUUAUUACGACCCAAAUUUGACCGCACUUGAAACGUACGAAUGAAUGGAUGAGCAUGAGCACUAAACACAUAGAAAUCAACAAAAAAACAA